CUGUUUUCGCCAAGAUUCCUAAUUUCUACAAGCCAUGAAGCGUCCGAUCCCCGGCGACGGAGACGGCGACCUCCUCAAGAUGAAGAAGGUUAAGGUGGACGGCGAUGCCGACGCCGACGCCGAAGAGAAUUGUGUCCUCCGGGGGAUGCGGUAUUUCGAUGACAACGUGCUGUUCGAGGUGCUGAAGCACGCGGACGCGAGGACGCUGGCUAUGGCGAGCUGCGUUAACAAGCAGUGGCACAAAACUGCACAGGAUGAGAGGCUUUGGGAGCUGAUCUGCACCAAACAGUGGGCAAACACCGGCUGCGGCGAGGAACAGCUCCGAUCCGUCGUCCUUGCCCUCGGCGGUUUCCGUCGUCUCCACUCCCUUUACCUAAGGCCUCUCUCUAAGCCAUACUCUUCUUCAUCGUCAUCGUCAUCGUCAUCGUCAUCUCCCACUUCCUCCUCCGUUUGGGGUCCCAUCUCUCAGGCGCCGGUGGCUCCUCGGCCGAAGCCCUUGCCUCCUCGUUUGGGUAAAGACGCCGUACACCUCUCCCUCUCCCUCUUAUCCAUUCGCUUCUACGAGAAGAUGUCUAAUUUCAACAACCGAAGCAGAUGAAUCUUCUUUAUUCUCUUCUCUCCCACGUUCUUCCCUUAUUGUUAUGUCUUGAGAAUAUUUUUAUUUCUUUCUUUCUCUCUUAACUAGAUGUGACGCAAGUUUUGUAUUUCAGUAUUGCUAGAUCUGGUUUCUUAUUUGUAAAUCGAGGACAAGAAAAUGCUUCAAGUAUUGUAUUAUAUGUA